AUGUCGCUCCCAUUCCCAACAUCCAGGUUCGGCCCUGGCUUCACGGUUCCGACCGCCGUGACCGUCACAGAAGGGGGACGAACAGUCACAUUCACGCCCACGCCCACGGGCGGCACCACCUCGGACUCAUCGCCCUUCCCCGACAACAUCCUCCAGCAGUCCGGCCUCGCACCGGGACAGAUCAUCGGCAUCACCGUGGGUGCCACCUCGGGCCUCGUCUUUUUCGUCGUCGCCCUCGUCUGGUUCUGGAAUAGAAGGAGAGCCCGAAAGCUCGCUGCGCGCGACGAAGCGCUCGACACCGUCAUGGAGGAUCCGGAGAAACCAGACGACGCUGCCAUGAUGAUGGCUCAGAAUACGGGGGAGACAGUCGAACUGCCGGCGCCGCGAGUGGUACACGAGAUGCCCGAGACGCGAGAAGGCCCACCCGUCGAACUCCCCGCUCCCGUUGAGCGGCACGAAAUGCCUGCGUAA